AGUGCCAGGAACACAUUGAAAAACACACUGUGCUUCUUACACCCUGACCUCAGCAAUUAGAGGGGCAGUGACGACUCGCACAGACGAUUCUGUUGACAUUCCUGCCCUGAGCAACCGGACACCUCGUGCAAAUUAUUUGACUUUUGCACCAUGCUGCUGGAGUUGGUUUUGACUGUGGCUGCUGCAUCUCUCAUUUACCUGCUGGUGUUCAGGAGGGAAAAGCAGACCCUACCUAUGGGGGAUGGGUGGUGGGGACCCGGCCAGCGGCCUGACAGCGAGGAGGAUGAGAGUGUCUGUCCAUUCCGGGUGGAGACUUCUGAGGAAGAGUUGAAGGACCUUCACCACCGGCUGGAUGCCACCCGCCUGACCCCACCCUUGGAGGAUGCCCGCUUCCACUACGGGGUUAACAGUCAUUACCUGAGGAAGGUGCUCGACUACUGGAGGAAUCAGUUUGACUGGAAGAAGCAGGUGGACAUUCUGAACAGCUUCCCACACUUCAAGACCCGCAUUGAAGGAAUCGAGGUGCACUUUGUCCAUGUGAAGCCGGGUCGGUUGCCGGGGGAACGGGACGCCAUACCCCUACUGAUGGUCCAUGGCUGGCCUGGCUCCUUCUACGAGUUCUACAAGAUCCUCCCUCUGCUCACGGAGCCCGAGGCUCAUGGCCUGAGCCAGGAGCAUGUCUUCCAGGUUGUCUGUCCCUCCAUCCCUGGCUACGGCUUCUCCGAGGCCCCACAUAAGAAAGGUUUUGAUACAGUCAGUGCUGGUCGGAUCUUUUAUAAACUAAUGCGAAGACUGGGCUUCCAGAAAUUCUAUGUUCAAGGUGGGGAUUGGGGUUCGAUGAUCUGCAUCAACAUCGCACAGAUGGCUCCUAGUCAUGUCCGGGGCCUCCAUGUGAACUUUGUGCCUUUAGCGCAAGGUUGGCUAGUGCAGCUUCUGUCUCUGAUGUUUGGGCGCCACUUGCCUGCCUUGUUUGGCUUUGAGGAGGAAGAUCUGAAGCGCUUGUUCCCGUUUAUGGAGAAAGGCUUUUACCACAUACUGAAGGAGUCGGGAUACUUACACAUCCAGGCAACCAAACCUGACACUAUAGGGUUUGGGCUGAACGAUUCCCCUGCUGGCCUGGCCGCUUACAUAAUGGAGAAGUUUUCAACCUGGAUUAAUCCAGAAUUCCGAGACCUGGAAGAUGGCGGAUUGGAGAGAAAGUUGUCAUUGGAUGAGCUGCUGACCAACGUCAUGAUUUACUGGGUGUCGGGAACGAUUGCCUCAUCCAUGAGGUUCUACAAGGAGAAUCUGGGAAAUGGCAUCGGCAACAACCUGCAUGAGAAGAUACCCGUGCAGGUGCCGACCGGAAUCGCAGCGUUUCCUCACGAGCUGUUGCACAUACCCAGACUCUGGGCGCGGCAGAAAUUCCCCAACAUCGUGCGCUACAGCUUCCUGCCCCGCGGAGGCCACUUCGCAGCCUUCGAGGAGCCGGCGUUGCUGGCAGAUGAGAUCCACGAGUUUGUGGCUACGGUGGAACGUGUAUGAGCAAAGGUGAGGAUGGAGAGAAGCAAGCGGAGCCCCGAAGCUCAUACACGUUAUGGGAAUGUGCCCAGCGGCAUAACAACAAACACAACAAAUUACAUUUGUAUAGCAUCUUUCACGUCAAGAGGAUGUACCAGAAUUUAUACAUCGUUAAUCAGCUAAAUAAAUUGUACCUG